UCCAAUAAUGAACACGAAAAAUCCACUAAUUAACUAACCAGUAAUCGACAGUCACCAAUAAUGAACACUGAGUAAUUGACACGUACCAAUAAACAACGUGUUACCAUGAUAGAAAAUUUGUCCUAAAUCUAAAUCUUAGAAAUAAAUUUUAAAAAGUCGGUCACUGGCGCCACCACCUUACUGUGAAAACAUAUUAUGUUGGUCACAUAAAACUUUUUAUUUUUCUGGAUACUGUUCAUCUAUAAUUGUUGAAAUCAAUUCAUUCUAGUUUUAAGAACCUUUUAAUUCUAGGUAAGAAAUAAGUAAAGCCUUUAUAAUGUCGCUAGACGAAAAGAUACAAGAAGCAAAACAAUGUGUAGAAAUAGCUAAAAAUGCUAUAUCGGUUGAAAACUUUGUAAAAGCAAAACGCAUGAUUUUGAAAGCUGAAAGAAUACAUCGUACUGAUAUUGGCCAACAACUUUUGAAACGUAUAGAAAAAUUAACUUUAAAUAAUAACAAUGACGAAGGUGAAAACUAUGUAAUGGCAGCCGAAAAGUGUGUAACUAUAGCACGUAUAGCUAUUGAAAAUUACAAUAUAGUGAAAGCCGAAAGCUUUCUUUUGAAGUCUCUAAAUAUACAUCCUACAGACGAAGCUAAGGAAUUGUUAGAAAAAGUCAAGAAUGGGCAUGAAUGCAACGAGCAUACUAGACCUACAGAAACAUUAGAGACAACUGAGGAAUACAUAGAGAUAGCACGAAAUGCUUUUCAUGAGGGUAAUUGUCAGGAAGUGUUACGCCAGCUAACAAAAUCUGAAAGUAUAUGCCAAACUGCAAGAGCGACAGAUCUCAUAGAACAAGUAAAAGAAAAGUUGUCUGAAAACGGAGAAGAUCCCGACGAAAUACUGAAAGAAGUCAGAAUGAGUACUGUCAGGAAAGACGCUGGCGUUCCACCACAACCGAAAAAGCGAGAAGUAACUCGCGAGCAUCUCAACGCGAUUCAGCGAGUGAAAGAGGCUAAUGAUGACUAUGACAUUUUGGGUAUACCAAGAGGAUCUGAAUUAAAUGAAGUGAAAAAAGCUUUUAAGUUUCUGACAAAGGUAUUGCACCCGGAUAAAAACAAAGCCCCGGGCGCAAAGGAGGCUUUUAUGAUGGUGAUGGAUGCCACCGAUCGUCUGAAGUCGAAGUUGCGGCCGUAAAAUAAAUCUGUUUCCAUAAACUCGAGUAAUGAUUAGUUCAAAUUGGGUUCUAGACAGUUGCACCGUUAGAAUGAAAGUGACCCAACAUAAAAUUCCAACUUUUUGAUUAUUACGAAUAAAAUUUAACAAUUUAAAAAUAUAAUUUACAAACACUAGUCGCCAUAAGGUCACUUUUUUGACCUAACAAGAAUCAAGGCGUGUUUUGUGUAAGCGAAUAUUCUAUUUUCAUACAAAUAUGUUGUAUAAUAGUAAAAAGUAAUGCCGCUGUUGUGGCUACCAGGAUUCCAUAGCGCGUCAGGAAUGUCCGCAGACGCUCAUGUAGAUGGAUUUGCAGCCAUCACGAGAAAGGGACCGGCAGGCUUGAGUGCGUGGCAGCGGUAACGACAUCGUGAAUAUUGUUGCUGGCAGGGUCCAUGGUUCAUUUCUUGAACAUUGGACCAAACGUCAAGUAUACACUAAACCCAGUACAUAAGUUGUAAAUGCUAUUAUUAGUGUGUAAGUUUUCUUUUUCUUUAUUAUACGAACCAAUAUGGAUGAAUAAUCCGAAAUAAAGUAUUUGAAUCGCGAUUGCAGCAACCAGUGACAGUGUCGAAUCGUUUGUA